AUGGCUGGGUUCGAUGAGUCCGUUGUCAUCCCGACUAUCUGUAUAGGUCCGUUCACGUCGGCUACAACUAGCAGCUGGCCUAGUUGGCUUCUCUCUGUUUGCCUUGUGGCUGAAUCGUCCAAUCUCAUCAUCUGUCAGGUCGGCACUCAGGGAGCAAGUGUUGUUCGGGAGACCAUCAGUAACAAAGACCUUCAGGAUGCUGCUGAGGCUACCGUCCGGCGGAUGUUGGAGCAGAUCCUGGCCGAUGAGUCCUUGAGAGGGGUUGCUGGUGGCUGGCUCAUGCAGCUCCUCAAUGGCAUGCAGAAUGACAUCGGAGAUUUGAUGGCAAAGGUUAUCCGCCUUAAUGCAGUACAACAGGCCGCUAAGGACCUUGUUGCUGGUUUAUGCAAAGACCCCUAUAUUAUCCAACAAGUGUCAUCCUUGGUGGUUUCUACCAUCUAUAUGCAAGUCGUUCAAGAUGCCGCCGCUAAGUGGACGGGUGAUCUCGUCAUACGGCCAGAUGUUCAGGAGAAGCUAAACCAGACGACUUCGGAUACCCUCAGAUCCCAGAUGGUUUACGACACCGUUCAAGAAGUGGCCAUUCGGGUCACGCAGGGUGUCAUCAACGACCCUGCCACCUCUGAAGUGCUCAAGGAGAGGUUGACAGAGGUUGCAGCGGAUAAGGAACUGCAAGCAGCUCUCAGUGACUCCGCAUGGCGUGUCGUGUCUCGAAGUCUCAACCCCUUCGCCAAACACCCCGAGAUCACUAAUGGCAGGGAUCAAUCGGCUGAGGUCAUCGAGGACGAGGAGAAGGACGCAGUGCCCUCUGUCGAGCAAGCGACUGCAAUACCGAGUGCAGAGUCUGUGAAUGAACCUCGAGCCUCGGAAGAAGAGAGGAUAACUCCAGAAGUACAUAACGAGGAGAAUGUGCCCUCAGUUGAGGAGAGCCCCCAAGUGGACGCAACGUGGAAGAUGUUGGUCGUAGGAGAUGAGGGAGUUGGAGGAGGAGGAGGAGGAUUGACGACACCGGUGGGUGAGGCGAGUGUUGAGCCUAGUGAAGAACAAACGCCACAAGAAGCUACGCCUCCUCAAACGCUUGAAAGUGAUCUUGAUUCGCAGCACAGAGAGUCGGUACCAUCAGAAGAAGCAGCCGAGGUCGAGGUUCCAUUUGAAGUGGUCGAAGUGGAAGUGCCGUUCUCGAUGAGCGACGCCGAUGUGGAGACAUCAGCCAAGCCGUCCGUCGAUGCCACCCCUGAGGCCACCUCAAGGCCUCUGCCGGACAUGCUGAUAGCAACGGCCCAGAAGGUCAGGGAGAGUUACCGCAAGUACCGCGAUCGAGUUAGGGAGGCCAAGGAUACUUUGAUGACGCGCUGGAGGAUGCGACGGAAAGCGAGGGAAGAUGAUUCAGAGAGGCGCUUGUUCAGUGGAGCUUUGCGACGCUUGUCUGGAGAGGGAGAAGAGGAGGCUACGAAGGGCGACGACCAGAGCUCAAUGCAGCAGCAAACGGCUGAUGAAGGUAUUCCUGACAGAGAGGAGCCCACGAUUUGUACCGCUGACUUAGCGGAAAGCACAUCUAUCCGCUCGACUCCGGAAGAGUCCGAAGUGGUAGUGGACACUGCGAGGGAAGAGCUAGCGACUACUGCUGCUGGUGGAACAGCUUUUGAUAAGACUGGGGAGGAGACAGGGGAUGCUGCCAGGAUGGAAGAGCCCACCACUGUUGGUGCUGACGGAAUGAGUAGCACAGCUCUCGACUCGGUGGAGGUGGUUGCAGAGAUAACCCCGGAUGAAUGUGCAACAGGGACGUCUGCUAAACAAGAUGAUGCGGACUCGGUGGAUGCUGACAGUGCAUCUACCGUGGAGGUUCCACCUCCCGUGGAUAAUGGUGCUGCAAAAACAGCGGUUCAGCAGCCAGGAGAGAGUUAUUCAAGCGAGCAAGAGGGGAUCUCGAUGACGAGCGAUGAGGGAACAACAACACAGCAACCGUCUGUCACCGUUCUUGCGGUGGACGAUGAUCUGUCGACAACGUCCGUUGCUUCCCCCGAGGCCAAGACCGUCGAGAGUGUUAGUGAAGAGUUUAUGGAAAUUGGUGAUCCGACUGGCGCGAGCAUCUCGGUUGUGGAGGAUACACACCCCAUUGAUGAGGUUCUCCACAGGGAACUCCCAAUCAAACUCAACAAGAAGAUACAGAAGUUGUCGGUGUCGGCAACGCUGAUGCGUCCUCGAUGGUUCACAGUCAUCACAAUAUAG